AUGACGAACAGGGUUUGGCUGAACGUGGCCUACCUGGCUCCGCGCUGGGCCGUGUGGACCCUCCUACUGGUCGUGGCCAGCAUAGAUGCGUGUCGUCACCGCCAUGUUCGGUCCCGGGGCUGGCAGCUCUAUGCGGUGCUGCUCGGAGCCACGGGCCUGUUUGUGGUGCGGGACACCUUCCUCUUCGCCUACGCCGUGUCGGGCGUGGGUCCGGACUGGGCCCGGAGUGCCUGGUUCGGGGCCUACAUCUUCUUCUCCAACCUGGCCGAGGCCUACUUCAUCUGGAUCCUCAUCAUCAUCGCCGCUGGAUACUGCAUCACGCGCUCGGACCUGGGCCCCCACCGCGCCGUGGCCAUCAGCAUCCCCGCCAUCGUCUUCGUCACCUCCCUGGUGGUGGACUACGUGCUGUACAGCAUGCGCGGCUUCGAGGCCUUCUCAGACCAGAGCGUCACCGUGGUGUGCGUGGAGGGGGUGGAGGACCCGGAGAAUCCCUGCACCCCGGGCGAGGAGCUGGGCGCCGCCACGGGCCUCGUCUUCUUCAUCUGCAUCAUGGCCAACAUGAUGGCGUUCCUGCUGGCCUGGUUCUUCGUGUUUGAGACGGUGCAGAAGGAGCGGGAGCGGCUCGAGGGCGGCGACCCCUACCAGCAGGAGGAAGAGAGCCCCGCCGCCGCGCCGGGGCUGCCCGUCUCGCGUGCGGGGGGCGGGCUCACCAACGGGCACGCGGCGGGCGUGGGGCACGCCGCGGUGCCCACCCAGGUGCUGCUGGAGGAAGGGCGGAACGCGUCGCACCUGUACGGCGCGACGGAGGGGCGCGAUGCCGACGAGCCCCGGACGGUGCAGGACCGGAUCGAGACGCGGGACAAGCUGCGCCUCAUCCGCACCUUCUUCUACGGCGUGUCCACCUACGUCGUGGCCAACCUCUUCGUCAUCUUCCUCCCCAUCUUCGUGCCCACCGUCGUUGACCGAGUCAUCCUGGCGCUCAUGAACGGCCUGCUUCUCAUCUUCGUGAGCGUGCUGCUGUGGACCUUCCGCAUGCGGGCGGGCAACGCCUACCUGGUGCUGGGCGAGGCGGUGGGCAUGGAGACCACCACCGAACUGGGCGUGCUGAGCGCGCCUCCCAAGCGGGCGGGGCCCUCGCAGCCCGUGGGCGGCGGCGUGUACGACACCGCCUUCACCCUGGACGAGGAGGAGGAGGAGGAGGAGGCGCGGCUGGCGCGGGGGCCCUCCUCCAGCGCGCCGCGCCAGGCCGGCCUGAACCGCAGCGCGGCGCGGAAGGGGGUGGUGGUCACGGACCUCCCCUCCACGCCGCACUGA